AUCUGUCUAGUCUGAUUAGACGUUGGGAGAAGAAGGGUUUUACCCGUGUUGGUUGGUUGGUUUUGAUUAGAGAAAGAAAAAAACAAGGCGGAGGUGAACGUUUUGGGUUGUUAUUAACCUAUAUAUCAUGCCCUUGCGUUUCGAGUUUCGAUUGUACCUGGCCUGCUGAAUUCCCAAAUACUAACUGAUACUGCAACCGUUACCGUUUUUUUUUUGGCGAUUUGCCGAGAAGGCCGUUCGGACGAUACAAGUUGUUUGGUGCGGCUUCUGCAGUAAUGUUGUCUUUGGCGCCAAACGACAGGGUUGCUUACCUUGACUGAUAUAGGCAAUUGAGUAUGCUGCUACUUUAAUUUGCCCGUGGAAAUUCAUCAGAUGGAUUGUCUCAACCUUAGGACAUCUUUCCGUGUUCUGCUCUCGAUACAGUUGCUGCUAUCAUCGUUCAGUCCCUUGAUUGUAGCGAACUUAUCUUCGGAGAAGCAAGCCCUUCUUGACUUUGUCUCUGCAGUCUAUCAUGGAAACAAGCUCAACUGGGAUAAACAUACCUCAGUUUGUUCAUGGCAUGGCGUAAAAUGCUCAGAAGAUCAGUCACAAGUUUUUGAAUUGAGGGUACCGGCUGCUGGUCUUAUCGGAGUAAUUUCUCCAAACACUCUUGGCAAGCUUUAUUCUCUUCAAGUACUGAGCCUGCGGUCUAAUCGAUUGACCGGAAGUCUUCCAGCUGAUGUGGCCUCCCUUCCGUCUUUACGUUCCAUAUACCUACAGCACAAUGAACUUUCAGGAGGGUUGCCUUCUUCCUUCAGUCCUAACCUCAGUGUAAUAGAUUUCUCCUACAAUUCCUUCACAGGAGAAGUACCUGCAAGUUUACAAAACCUCACUCAGUUAACCGUUCUUAAUUUGCAAGAUAACUCUUUCUCUGGAUCCAUCCCUGACCUCAAGCUUCACAGUCUGAAACUAUUAAAUCUGAGCAACAAUGAACUGAAAGGCUCAAUUCCUCGAUCUCUCCAGAAAUUUCCAAAGGGUUCAUUUUCAAGGAAUCCUGGACUGUGUGGGCUACCUCUAGCUGAAUGCUCACAUCCUUCACCAGCACGCUCACCUGAAUCAUCUCCAUCGCCUCAAUCUCCACCUUUGACACAUCAUGAUAAGAAACUAGGCACGGGUUUCAUAGUUGCAGUUGCUGUUGGUGGGUUUGCAUUGCUGACGCUAAUCGUGGUUGUGUGCUUUUCAAAGAGGAAAGGCAAGGACGAGAUUGAUGUGGAAUCCAAAGGAAAGGGUACUGCCACCAGGAGCGAGAAGCCGAAGCAAGAAUUCAGUAGCGGCGGCCAAAUUGCUGAGAAGAAUAAGUUGGUGUUCUUGGAGGGUUGCACCUAUAGCUUUGACCUGGAGGAUCUACUGAGGGCUUCUGCAGAAGUCCUUGGCAAGGGUAGUUAUGGAACUGCUUACAAAGCUGUACUCGAAGAUGGUACUGUCGUGGUAGUGAAGAGAUUAAAAGAUGUUGUGGCAGGGAAAAGAGAGUUUGAGCAGCAGAUGGAGCUCAUCGAGAGGUUGGGCAAACAUGCAAACCUACUCCCACUACGCGCCUACUACUAUUCCAAAGACGAGAAGCUCAUCGUCUAUGAUUAUAUUGACACUGGAAGUGUUUCGGCCAUGUUGCAUGGUAUCCGGGGCGUUACCGCGAAGACACCGUUAGAUUGGAACUCCAGAAUGAAGAUCAUCCUUGGAACAGCAUAUGGAAUUGCACAUAUACAUUCAGAAGGGGGCGCGAAGCUCACCCAUGGCAAUGUCAAGUCAACCAACGUACUCGUAGACCAAGAUCACAAUCCUUCCGUCUCGGACUAUGGCCUCAGCGCUCUGACGAGUGUGCCGGUCAACGCAUCUCGCGUCGUGGUCGGCUACCGUGCUCCAGAGAUAGUCGAGAACCGCAAGAUCACCCAGAAGUCCGACGUCUACAGCUUCGGCGUCCUCCUCAUGGAGAUGCUCACAGGGAAGGCCCCGCUCCAGACGCAGGGGAACGACGACGUCGUCGACCUGCCGAGAUGGGUGCACUCGGUGGUCCGGGAGGAGUGGACGGCCGAGGUGUUUGACGUGGAGCUGAUGAAGCACCAGAACAUCGAGGAGGAGCUGGUACAGAUGCUGCAGAUAGCCAUGGUGUGCACUGCCAAGUCGCCAGACCGGCGCCCGACGAUGGAGGAGGUGAUCAGGAUGAUUGAGGGGCUCCGCCAGUCCACCUCGGAGAGCCGCGCGUCUUCUGAUGAGAAAUCCAAGGAGUCGAACCCUCCAUCGGUGUAAAUCCUGCGCAGCUCCCUUCGUCCGCUUGAUCGGUUGUUGUUGCCAGUUGCACCUCAUUUGAUUUGUUAGCUAAUUUAUUUAUGAUUGAGUUUCUUGUAAACCGUGGUUAGCAUCUGCUGCAUUUAGCCUCAGAUAGAAAGAACUGAGCUUUCUUAUUGAUAGUCUGAAACUCUGUUUCAUGGCGAGCGUAGAAUUCUUCCGCUGGAAAAUUGAAAUUGUUAGCCUGCUCGAUUGCAAAUCCUUUUUA